AUGUAUGACUUCCACUACAACACCAUCAAGAAGGAGUACGGGGACAAGGCAAAGCUUCUCUUCACAGAUACAGAUAGCUUGAUGUACGAGAUUAAAACAGAGGACGUCUACAGGGACUUCAAGAGGAUAGGUGAGGAGAAGGACUGCUGAAAUAACUCAGAUUACCGUAAGGAUAGCCCCUACUACUCAGCUCAUAAUAAGAAGGUUAUUGGCAAGUUUAAGGAUGAGGCUGAGGGUGUGCCAAUCACAGCGUCCGUUGGGCUGCGAUCUAAGAUGUACUCCUACACUAAAGAAAACGGCAAGGGUGGAAUGACAGCUAAGGGUGUGAAAAGGUAUGUCAUCAAGAACAAGCUCGUCCAUGAUAACUUCAAGAAUGUCAUAGCUAAGAAAGAUAGGAUGAGACACAAGAUGAAUACAAUAAGAAGCACCAAACAUAUAAUAGGAACCUACGAAAUUAAGAAGGUAACUCUAAGUUGCUUUGAUGAUAAAAGGUACUUGCUAGGUGAUGGAGUUACCAGCUAUGCAUAUGGUAACAUGCAGGAGAAUAGACAAUGAAGACACUGUAGAGGUUCCGAUCAUAGAAGUAUGUGACUCAGACAAAUGGACACACAUCCCAGAGGAAUACAUAGAGUGUGAGGAAAGAUGUGAGUCAGUCGUAUGUGAAAGUGAACCAGUAGUAAGGGUUGUUGUUGAAGAGGAAACAGUUAAACUAAAUAACCCAAAGGUUGAAUACAUAAAACCACAUGAUCUGUUCUUUCUAAAGGUCAUAACUUUUAGACGGGCUGAAAGAAAACUCAGCUAUGCAAAAAGAACUGCUCAGCUACUAAGCUUCAAGUGGAGUAAUGAGAAGAUGACUCAGUACAUGUCUGAGUCAGACAAGCCCCUUCUAUGUGAGUUCACACGAGAGGAACUCAAUAGGUGUCGUGAGGGACACAGGCCGAAGUGA